AUGCUCCGUCUACUUCUCCUCUCCGGCAUCCUGUGGCUCCGCCCCGCCCUUGCCCAGGGAAGCCAGGCGAAAUGCGAGGCUGUCCAGUCCUCAAUCCACCUCGAAAACACGACGAUCUUCCAGGUCGAUUACAUCCCAGCGCCUGCAACGGUGUCCAUACCUGGUUCUUGCGGGACAACGGCACAGGUGCCCACCGGCUCCGCCCCGCUCUGUCGCGUCCAGUUCUUUGUUAACACAACCGCGACGUCGUCUGUCCAUAUGGAGGCAUGGCUUCCAGACACCUGGUUCGGGCGGUUUAUGGGAACAGGCAACGGGGGGAUUGGAGGAUGCAUCGACUACACCGCCCUGGGAUACGGCACCUCCCUCCACUUCGCGACGCUGGGGCACGACAACGGGCACGACGGCAAUAAUGGCAUUGUAUUCCUGAAUCACCCGGAGGUUAUCAACGACUUCGCCUUCCGCGCGGUGCACACCGAGGCUGUCAUCGGGAAGCAGCUCGUGCAGGCAUACUAUGGCAGCAAGAUUGGCAAAUCGUACUACCUCGGCUGCUCGACCGGCGGCCGGCAGGGCACACAGGAGGCGCUUAAAUUCCCCGGUGAUUUCGACGGGAUAUUAGGAGGCGCGCCGGCGACAGACUGGAACCACCUGCAGGGCUGGUCCGGCUUCCUUUCGCAUUUCGUCGGCUCGCCCAACUUCAUGGGCAACCCGAAGUUUCUGCAACCUGCCGACUGGGCCACUGUCUCCGCCUUCAUCCUCGCUGAGUGCGACGGCCUUGACGGGGUGAUGGACGGCAUCAUAACCGAGCCAGACGACUGCCACUUCGACGCAAACAAGCUGCUGUGCAAAGCCGGCCAGACGAGCGGGUGUCUCACGGCCACACAAGUCCAAGCGGUCAAGAAUGUGUUCACGCCUAUGUUUGGCACUCAUGGCGAGCUGCUGUACCCACGCUACACGCCCGGCGCGGAGGCAGAUCCAGCUCGGGCAGCGCUGAUGGGCGGACCGUUCUUCACAUUCGCGCAUGACUGGGAGAUGUUCACCACGCUCAACGUAACGUCUCACGACUUUACUAACUUCAGCCUGGUCGAUGUCGACCUCAUGGAGCGCGUCAAUGCGGGCGGGAUCAAGACGUUCAGCGGAGACCUGUUCAAGUUUAAGGAGCUCGGGGGCAAGUUCAUCACGUAUCACGGCCGCAGAGACCCACUCAUUGCUUCGACCAACUCCAAGCGGGUGUAUGACCUGAUCCGCGCAACAAUGCUCAUGCCCACACUCGACCCGUUUUACCGGCUGUUCCUCAUCCCGGGCAUGGGCCACUGCGGCGGCGGGCUCGGGGCCCCCGCGUUCGGGCAAGGCACAUCGCCCACGUCCAACGCCGUCAACGCGUCGUCGCACAACGCGCUGCUUGCCCUUGUUGACUGGGUCGAAAAGGGGAAGGCGCCGGACACGAUAAUCGGCACGGCCAUUGACGGAAGUGGCGCGGAGCGCGUGCAUUGCCGAUAUCCGCAGCGGAGUGUGUUGGUGGCGGGAAAAUUCACGUGUGUGCUGUGA